AUGCCGCACGGACCGCCACCUCCCCGCGACACCGAGGAGGCCGAGACGUGGAUUGCUGCUCUCCGGCACGCAGUGGAGAAGGCAAUCAUCCAUCUGGAGGAGGACUUCGCGAAGGUGGCGACCGAGUCGGGGUGCACGGUCACGGUGGUCGUCGUCGUGGGCUACGUCGUGACGGUGGCCAACGCGGGCGACUCCACGUGCCUCCUCGACACGCGCGCGGGGAUCGAGCAGCUCAGCACGGACCACCGCAUCGAGGACAACUUCGUCGAACAGAAGCGGCUGCUGCAGGCGGGGGGCUUCCUGGCCCGGCUGGACGCGGCGGCGAUGGGGCCGUGCUUCGACGAGCCGACGCAGGACGGCCAGUUCCCGGGCUUCGGCCCGCUGCGCGUGUGGCCGGGCGGGCUCGCGCUGUCGCGUGCGUUCGGGGACUUUGACGUGGGGGAGUUCAUCCUGUGUCAGCCCUACGUGCAGCAGGUGAUGCUGCCGCCGAGCGGGGGGCGCAUCGUCGUGUGCAGCGACGGGAUCUGGGACAGCUUCGAGGAGUACGCGCAGGGGGUGCGGCACAUCCGGAAGUUCGCGGGGGGCGCGGCGGCGGAGCGGCUGAACGCGUUCGCGGUGCGGUGCCACGGCGUCACGGACGACAACACGGCCGUAGUGGUGGACGUGCUCCCCUCGCGCGACGCGACCUGGCCGCGGCUGGUCGGCGAGGACGGCGGCGCCGGCGGGCUGUGCGGGAUGUGUGCGCGCCGCCCCGCGGUCGAGGAGCACGACGCGGUCGCGAAGGACCGCGGCGAGGUGGUGCCGAUCAGCAGCAUCGACUGCGCGGACGGCGUUGGCCCGGUGCUGCAGCCAGGCCUGACGACGAAACUGCGGAAGAAGAUGCAGGGCGAGGCGCGGGAGCUCGCGAACGCGUACCGCAGCGCGCUGCGCCUGAAGGAGGACGAGAUGGAGGCCAGCGAGGUCAGCGACGUCCCGACAACGGCGUGCGGCGUCAAGAAGCGGGCGAUGGCGGACCCCAGCGUUAGGGGCGGCUCGCUGUUCGCGGACAUGGCCCGCAUGCUGGCCGUGUCGCAGGAGCGCGCGGAGGUGGUCAGCGCCCUCGUCGAGCAGCUGGACAAGACGGCGCCGCGCUCACAGCCGGACUGGGCGGAGGCGGAGGGGCACGACACUGAGCACAAGCACAAGGUCACGCAGCACGAGCGGAUAGAGCGCGCGGCGCGGGCGGCGGUGCUCUUGCUGCAGUCCAAGGUCCCGCUGAAGCUCACGCGGAUCAAGCAGCACGCGGAGCAGCCGCGGCAGUCCGUCGACAGGCCCGAAGAAGAUGCCGCGUCCAGCUCGGCCCCGGAGACUCCUGUGCCGCGGCCCCAGGCUAGCCUGAGCCGCCGCGCGACGAACACGGCUCCCGGCGAGGGCGCUGAGCACGACGGCACGAAGCGCAACCCGGUCGACAAUCGCAUUCACAUCGACCAAGACCCUUAA